CGCUGUUCGUAAUUCGAUAAUCGAUUUUUAGUGUUUGUGUUUAGGAGCUUCCUGUUCUUUUUAAUACCGGAGUUGUGUGACACUUGAAUUGCUUCUGAUUUACCAUCGAAUAAUACCUGUGAGGAGCACUCGUUAUGGCAGCUUACGGUGCUGCAGCAUUUCCUCCGCAAGCAGCAAAUGCUGCACAGGGAACUACUGAUCCAAAUGCAUCCGUUGCUGUGGCAGCAACUUACCAACAAUAUGAUCCGGCAGCAUUAGCGCAGUACCAGCAAGCAUGGCAACAGUACUAUGCAGCAGUAGGCCAGGCUGGCAUAGCGGGCGGAGUUCCAGGAGUUGCGCCACCAGGAGCUGGAUCCGUACCGACACCUGUACCGCAGGGAGUACAAGCAGCUACACCUGAUCCGAAUGCCGCUCAUAAUUAUUCGGGAUAUUUUGCGCAAGCAGGGGCUCCCCAAGGACAAAAUGGAGCAUCGGUACCAACAUAUGGAAACGCUUCAGCCCCGGCUUACGGCGUACUACAGGGAGGUAGAAGAGGUGCACCGCAACAUGGUGGUUCUGUGACUGGCAAAAAUGUUUAUGAUUAUGAAGAUGACCAUGUUGGCCGAGGUGGUUACGGAGAUGGUGGUGAACGUUAUGGUGGUCGAGAUGAUCGAGGAGGUCGUGAUGAUCGCGUAAGUCGCGGAGGUUAUGAUAGAGAUCGUGGUGGCUAUGGCGAUAGAGACAGAGAUCGUGGUGGUCGGGAAGACAGAGGUGGACGGGAUCGUCCGAGUCGUUGGAGUGAUGAACGUGAUCGUGGUGGAUCUGGCGGUGAUGACUACCGCGGAGGACCGGGUGCUGGAGGCCCGGGCGCUCGUGGAGGCUAUCAAGAUAGAGCUGGGCCUCGUUCUGGUAGUGGGUAUGGAGUUGGUUCACGUGAUGACCAAAUCGAAGUUCGAGAAACUGUUUUCAUCCAAGGAAUACCUGUGACAGCAAAUGAGCAAUUCAUUGCCGAUGUGUUCAGUACCCAAGGAGAUAUAGCACGUAACGAUCGUACGGGUGAACCCCGGAUCAAGAUUUACACUGAUCGUGAAACAAAUCAGCCGAAAGGCGAAUGCACAAUUACCUUCGUUGACGCAAAAACUGCUGAACGAGUAAUAAAUGUUUAUAAUGGACAGUGUUUUCCGGGAAGUGAACAGUGCAUGAGCCUCAGUUUUGCAAAGUAUAAGACAGACAUUUCGCGAAGUGGUGGAGGUAGGGGCGGCCGCGGCAGUUUUGGCGGGGAACGUGGAGGACGUGGCUUUGAUAGAGGUGGAAGAGGAGGUGGUUUCGGUGGUAGAGGACGAGACGAAGGUGGAUAUGGAGGCGGUGGCGGAGGGCGCUACAGUGAUCGUGAUGGCGGCGGACGUGGUGGCCGUUUUGGCGGCGGUGGACGAGGUGGUUUUGAUGAUAGAGGAGGUUAUGGUGACAGGGGAGACCGGGGAGGACCUUUCGGUGGUGGAGGAUUCGGCGACCGAGGAGGACGUGGAGGGGGCCGGGGUGGAUACGGUGGACCACGUGAUGAUUAUGGAAGAGAUAGUCGUGGAGGAGGGAGAGGUGGCCGUGGUGGUGAUAGAGGUAGUCGAGGUAGCGAUAGAGGAGGCCGUGGAAGAGGGCGGGGCUCGGGUACUGGAGCUAAUACGGAGCCACGGCCCAACGAUUGGUCAUGCGAUGGCUGUGGUAACACUAAUUUUGGUUUCCGGCAAGAAUGCAAUCGAUGUCAUGCUCCUCGACCUGGUGGUAGUAAUAGUGGCAUUGGACCAAUGCGAGGUGGUGGUGGACGAGGACGCGGCGAUCGAUCAGCUCCCUACUGACAAAGCCCUUUGUUACCUACCCACUGUUACACUGCUUUGUUAUGUUUAAUGCAUGUUAUCGAAAAUUGAAAACUGAACAAAAUCGUUCAGGAAUCAAAGAUUUAUGAAGCAUUUUCUCCUCAGUCUGACCUGAAUCCAUCUACAUCAUAUUAAGCAAAUAACACAUUAAGCGUUUCUCAACCGCAUGAAUUUUACCGUCGUUCUGUUCUAUUCUUCAUGUUGCGUGAAUCUGUUGUCCUCAUCACAAUUGUGAAGUAUUAUGAUUUUAUGUUAUUUGCAUAGCCUCAUUUCUUUAUUUAUAUUCAAUUUUAUAUUAGAGAUCUUUGUAAUUGAUUCCACCUUUACUCUUACCUAUCUUUUUGGAAAGUUUCCUUUCGUGUUUAGCUUCAUGGAAAUCACUGUUAUCUGUUUUUAAUCAUUUUGAUAAAGUAUGUGUUCUUUACUUAUUUC